CGUGGGGCAGAACACAGUGGGGAAGGAUGGGCUGCUGGCUGCCCCGGCAAGUUCGGCUACAGGGCUGGGUGGCUGCAAACCUCAGAGGAAACUAAUUUUAAUUACCCAAGGGGGUGGGGGCAGGUUUGAGGCGUUUUGCUUUCCCUUUGCAGCUUGACUUUGGAGCUGCACGGCAGCACUUUGUAAUGUGCGGAUGUGUCCAGCACCCUGACGGCAGGCCAGGGACAGCCCUGAGCAGCAGGAUUCGGCCCAUUGGGUAGCAGUGGUCAGCCCAAAAACCUGUGUGCCUUGUGGUCAGGGAGUUGGGGAGCAGUGCAGCCCAGCCGGGGGGGCUCCCAGGAGAUGUGGGGGGCAGCGGAUGCGGAGCGGGGGCUGAUCCUCCCCCUGUGCCUGCCCUGAUCUCCAACCCCAAUUCCCACCUUUCCCUGGCACAGCAAUGGAGCAUAUCAUCCUUCUCCUCUUCAUCUCCCUCUUCUUCCUCUGCCGAGCCCAAGGACCCCUGGAGUGCUGGGAACAAGCCGUGUCUGCCAACGGAGCGCUGCACCUGCAGCCGGAGAAACCCCCGCAGGGAUGGACAAAGGUCACAUGGAGAGUGAGACUGGAUGCAGGAUACCAGCAGCGGAUCCUGACGGUUGAGAAGAAUAAAGCUGACCUAUUCUCCAACAGUACUUUUUUUGGGAGAGCUGUUUUCCAGCAGGAGACCUUCUCCCUGCGGAUCAGCCCGCCAGGUCCCCAUCACCCCGUCAGCCUGUUCCUCCUGUCCCCUCUCACCAGCUCUGUCCCCGUAGAGCCCGUCCACUCGCUGCACCUGGAGACACAUGUCCUGGACCGGGAACAGGGCUGGUGCAACCUCUCACUGGUCUGCACUGUGUCUGGUGCUGGCAACGUCUCCUACAGCUGGUCCUGCAGUGGGGAUCCCCGGGGAGCCCUGGAGCACCAGUCCUGGCUGCACCUGGAGGUCCAUGGGGAUGCUGGCCCCACCAUCUGCCGCUGCAACGUGAGCAACCCGGUGAGCUGGAGCACAGACAGCACCAACAUCACGGUAGCUUCCUGCCAAGCCGUGGCCUCAGAUAUCACACGGGUCACCUGGAGGUCCCAGGGGACCCACAUCACUGAGGCCAAGCCCAAGGAGAAGAGGUUCACCAUCGACUACGUGCCCAGGUUCUGUGGCCGGCUGUUCAUCCACCCCACCAAUCUGUCACUGGAGAUCGGACCACUGAAGCUGGGGGACAGCGGAAAGUACGAGGUGGUCAUGGACACCUUGUCUGACCCCACCAAACCAAAGACAUUUUCCUACUUAUUGAGGGUUCAUGGAGGCUUGCCCAUGACGCCAGCCGGGACCAGUGACACGGGAGCACAGAGCAGGAGCACCGUGGGACCUAGGGGAGUGACCGAGCCUGAUGCAGGAGAUACCGGGACACAGGGCAGAGGUGGGGGGCAGCCCCCAGGCGGCAGCAGUGGGCCGGAGGCAUGUGGGGUGCAGGACUACAACUGUGUGGUGAAAGGGUAUCUCAUGGCCACCGUCUUCGGGCUACUGCUGAUGCUGGUAGCCACUGUUCACAUCGUGACCAGGGACAAAGGCACCUAGCUGGGGGAUGAGGUCUCAGUGGGGCCGAGAGUGGGGUCUGAGCCCCUCAGCAUCACUGCUCCACAGGGAUUGUCCCCAUGGCAGCGAUGAGCCCGUAUUCGGGGCUCCGGGUGUGGUGGCUCCCCUGCCUCCGUUUCCCCAGCCAGGGAAAGCCAAGAUUGCUCUAAUAAAGGCCCCUCAAGGAUGCGAAGUGAAA